CAGGUACCAUGGCUGCAUUAGAAGAAAUCAUAGAUGAAGAAAUGUAUGAAAUGGAAGAAUUGCGACGAGUGAGGAUUCCACGCAUUGUACCUAAAGAUCGCAGUGACCCAUUUCAUUAUCUUUCUGGUGAAGAAUUCCUUGCGCAUUUUCGUCUGCCAAAGGAUGCUGUACGAGACCUCAUUGAAGAAGUUAGGCCACAGGUACGGAACAGUAACUAUUUACUUAAGUAUAUAUGUGGAUGGUGAUAUUGCUAUAGAAUAUUUUACAAUACUUAUUGAUUCAAGACCUGGGAAACCAUCGUCUGUAUUUCUUUCCACAACUCUGUCAUCCUUUUUCAUGUGGAGUGAAUUGGGAAAUUUAAGGUUCUUCCCCACUUUUUCUAGUCUUUCUUACUUACGGAGCGAAGGGGCCUGGGGAUCCCCUCCUCUGUAUUUUCCUCAUAAAUAGACUAGGCACAACGCAGAGGGAGAGGGAGUAUAUAACUCCUUCUUAAGUCCCUUGGUACAUGUUUGCAUGUCUUUCCACAGGAUGUGACAUUCCUCUGCAUUUGAAGAUGCUAGUUACCUUGCGGUACCUAGCUACGGGAAGUUUUCUUCUUACGGUAGCUUACAUAAUGGAUAUUGCAAAAUCAUCAGCAUGCAGGGCUGUUGGAGAGGUGGUUCAACUUAUUGCUUUCCUGGCACCAGACUACAUCAAAUUCCCACAGCCAGAAGAAGCACGUCAGAUGGCCUCAAAGUUCUAUGAUAUUGCUGGUAUGCCAGGUGUAUUGGGGUGUAUAGAUUGUACACAUAUUCCAAUACAAAGUCCAGGUGGGAACAACGUUGAAAUGUAUAGAUGUCGAAAGGGGGUUUACUCAUUAAAUGUCCAAGGUAUAUGUGAUUCAGAACUCAAAUUUAUGCAUGUUGUUGCAAGUUGGCCUGGCAGCAUACAUGACUCAAGAAUAUUUUCUAAUUGUCGUAUCUGUCAUCUUCUAGAUCAAGGAGAUUACAGGGGUUUAUAUUUGUUAGGGAAUAGUGGGUAUCCGAGUCGGGAAUAUUUACAGACUCCACUUCUACCUCCAAGAACUGAAAAGCAUAGGAGGUAUAAUGUAGCUCAUAUACAAACACGGAACUGUAUUGAGAGGGCAUUCGGUGUACUGAAAAGAAGAUUUGCAUGCUUAAGCAUACCCCUGCGAACCAAACUUCCCAAUACAAAAAGAAUUGUGAUGGCAUGUGCUGUUUUGCAUAACAUUGCUAUUUCAAGAAGAGUGGACAUUUUAGAUGUUGAGGUUGAGGUACAGGAAGUAGUUGAUUUAUUGGAGGAUGAAGAUGAACAUGAACUGGAUGCCACACAAGUUAGGGAAUCAUUAAUUCAAAGAUGGUUCUGAGGGCCAGUUUCAAGAACUUUUCCCUGUGUAACCGAUUGGGCUCCAGUGUAAUAAUACUUUUUCUUUUCUAGUUCUUGCUUGAUAGGAUUAACACUUUAAGUGUAAAUAAGAAUAUAUAUAAGGUUCCAAAAGGUAAAGAAAGGAAAAUUAUAUAUAAGAUCUUAUGGUGUAUAAUGUAGGUAUUGCAAAGUACAAAUAGUAUGUAAGAAUGAAUAAACUUAACCAUCUACU